UUGGUUCCGACCUCCCAUCCGGCGGGGAGGGGAGGCGGGGAGGAGGGGAGGGGAGGCGGGGGCGAGCUGCUCAAUGACGGCCAAGCUGUGUUGACAGUUGUAAGCCGACACAAUCCGCCGGUGAGGCUAACGCAGGCCCUCCCGCGUCACGCUAACGCCGUGGGUGAAUAUCGGACGAAAGAGGAGGAGCACCAAAUCGUUUCUUUUAACGCUGCGCGCGCGACAUGUUGCGGACCGCCGGCGGGCUGCGCGACAGGACGAAGCGGCAUCGACUCUGCCGAGGCGGAGAGGAGGCGCCGUGCUGGGAGCAUGGGGACCAACGGGUUAGACAGUCAAGCCAAGCCGUCCGGCGAAGAGUUCCGGACGGAGCAGCCGGCGGCAGGUCCUCAGAUGGAACCCAAAGACGCAUCGCCGGAGCCCGAUGGGUUCAAAGACGGCGCUGUGGAGUUGGUCGAGGACGGAUGCAAGCCCCCACCGUCCUCGGCUCCCGAAGCCGAGGCCGGGGUCCAGGUGGAGGUGCACGACCCCGGAGCCCCCUUCGUCCCACCCGAAGGAGGCUGGGGGUGGCUCGUUGUUUUUGCGGCGACCUGGUGCAACGGAUCCAUCUUCGGGAUUCAGAACUCUUUCGGGAUCCUGCACAUGAUGCUGGUGAAGGAGCACACGGACCCGGAGGACCAGACGUCUCAGUUUAAAGUGGCCUGGGUGGGGGCCCUGGCCAUGGGCAUGAUCUUCUUCUGCUCUCCAGUGGUCAGCAUGUUCACUGACCACUUUGGCUGUCGGAAGACGGCUGUGUGUGGGGCGACGCUGGCUUUUAUAGGGCUGCUCAGUACUUCAUUUGCAAACUCCUUGAUUCUGCGCUAUUUCACGUACGGCAUUCUGUUCGGCUGCGGCUCCUCCUUCGCCUUCCAGCCCUCCUUGGUCAUCCUGGGCCACUACUUCCGCCAGCGCCUGGGUCUGGCAAACGGUGUGGUGACGGCCGGGGCCAGCCUCUUCUCCAUGGGCCUGCCAGUUUUCCUCGAUAAAGUGGUGGAACCUCUGGGGCUCAGCAGAACCUUCCAGAUCCUCAGCCUCUUCAUGCUGGUCCAGGCCUUGCUGGCUCUAACGUUCAUACCUCUGCUCCCUGCCGGGGGAGGCAUGGGCCCGCCGGGAAUGGGGCCCGAGCACGCCGAACCCCAAACCCAGCCUGCGGCUCAGGGGGGCAGCAGCAAGUGGAGCAGGGCCACGGCCAGAGUCAAAAAGUACUUCAAUCUGCGCGUGUUUCACAUCGUGACGUACCGCGUGUGGGCCUUCGGAGUGGCGACGGCUGUGCUCGGCUACUUUGUGCCAUAUGUCCAUUUGAUCAACUUUACAAAAGAACAAUUCAAGGGGACUGAAAAAGAAUGGGUGCUCCUUGUCUGCAUCGGGGCUUCAUCUGGCGUGGGACGCCUCGCUUUUGGCAAGAUCGGAGAUCUAAUAUCUGGUCUGAGGAAGAUUUACAUGCAGGUGGUGUCCUUCAUGGCUUUGGGUCUCAUGUCCAUGAUGAUUCCCCAAUGCACUGUGUUCGAGGGGCUGGUGGUCGUGUGCGUGUUUCUGGGACUGUGUGAUGGAUGCUUCCUUACCAUGAUGGCUCCCAUAGCUUUUGAGCUGGUUGGGCCCAUGCAGGCCUCACAGGCCAUAGGUUACCUUCUAGGUCUCAUGUCAGUCCCGAUGACAGCGGGUCCGCCCAUCGCUGGUCUCUUACAUGGAUAUUUUGGGAACUACACGGUGGCGUUCUCCCUGGCUGGGGUGCCUCCUAUGGUGGGGGGUGUGGUGCUGUUCUUUGUGCCCCUGAUUCACCGCAGGCUCCAAAGAGGCCAAGCGUCACCAGAAGAGACGUCCACAACUGCUCACAUGUUGCCCACCACCCCACCAGCUGGGGAAGCCAAGAGCUGCUCCAAUGGAGACAUCCUGCCUGGAUAUACUGAUGUAGAGACACACAUCUGAGUCGCAUCUUACAAAGGGAUUCAGCCCACCAGCACUUUUCUCAUCCUUAGAUCGCCUGCCUCCCAAUCUGAAGGCCCAGCUGUGGACUUCUUAUCGACUUUCCUUGAACUACGUACCCUCCCAAAUACCCGCUGGCUGUUUACUUGUUUUCAUGCAAAGUGAAGGUGAGACAGGCACUCUCGCUAAAAGCCGCACAGAGAACAAAGAGAGGGCACAUCAGCAUUGGAUGAUGGAGGAGGAUAAGCACAACAAAGUCUCAACAAGAAUUCUUUUAAUGGUUGGGACUCUGUGGUAACACCUACCUCCAAGAAGAGAGAAAAAAGACCCCUUGGCAGUCUCUAUUUUCACAACGUUUUCCUAACUGAAAGAGCUUCAAACCUGUAAAAAAACAUACUGUUUCCUUUUUAAAUGAAAAGGUUAUUAGGAUGAUGAUAACGAGUGAACUAUUGAAGGGAUACAUUUGUAAUUUCUGUGUACUUGUAGUACCUCAUCCAUCAUGGUUGUUAUCCCAUUGCAUUUUAUGUUGUUAAAACGGUCUUAUCUUGAUUAAGGUUGGUUGCACUCACCUUUUCUCUGCGGCCCGUGCUUUCUCCUGAGACAGCUACACGAGACGUUGGGUAUCUUUUGUAAAUGUCACAGGAGGUAAGAGGCUGUUGUUCUGAUGGAUGAGCCUACAGACAGACACACUCACCUCAGCUCCGCUGCAUACCAGUUUUAGAGCCUGGCUGCGAGUGUUGCCAGGCUGUAAAACCUCUGCAGCCUAACUUUGAUCUCUAUGCCAGUCUGCCUGCGUGGGAGACAGAUGUGGGAUUCUGGGAGCUGUUGGAUUCCCUCCUUUCAAUUUAAUGUCGGUGACUUUUUAGCAUCCAGGAGGUUAAGUUAUGCAGUCAGAGUUAAAAGCGGUGAGCAUCUGCCCCCGGAAAAGCUGAUACAAGAACAUCUAGUCACUGGCAGAACUCUACAGUUUUUUAUCAGCCUUUCUAAAGCGGGUGCUUGUAAAGGUCACAUCUAUAUUUACUAUGUUACUUUUUCUAUAUAAACAAAAGGAGUUUUGUAUUCUGAGUGCAAAUAGUUGGAAUCAUGAAGUUGUUACAGAAGCUCAGUCAUGGAGAAAGGCUUUUAUGCCUUGUUUAAGUUGGUGUGUGUGUGUGUUUGUGAGGCAUCUACAUGUUGAAGCUAGAAAGUACAGUUCUCUGAAACCUGUGCAGCAGCACACAUACACAGCUAACAAGUGAAUGAUUCUGGGACCCUCAGAGGGCUGCCGCUGAAGACUUAAGGCCUGCUGCCACAGGCCGCCUGGUUUGAUGGCUGAUGCGUAUGGUUUUAUUGUUGUGGCUGAUUAUUGUAUGCAGCCGGUUGAAGGAACUACUGUGAUUUCAAGCUGCCAAAUGACCCAAUCCCUCACGCGGCCAUCUCUUAAUCGAUCCAAUGACUUUGCUGCUUUAGUUUGAAUGCGCUCAAGGGCACCUUUCAGUAUUUGGGCAGAAAUUGAACAAAUAUUACAGCUGUGUUGGGAUUUUUGCGUCAUUUGGGCAGUUUGCAGUACUGUGAUUACUUACCUCUGCAUCCCUUAGAUUACUCUUUCUCCUCCUCAACAAUCAAAUUCAAUAGUUAGAUCUGCAGUUGAGAUAAAGGCUAUUUCUUACAGAAUUGCAAGGCUAUGUGCUUAUACGUGUAACUGAAUAUCAAAAGCUUAGCAGGGAAAAAGGGAACGCCCUGGUGUUCAGCUGGUAUUCCUUUCCUUUCCUCUGCGCUUUUGCUCUAUUAUUCAGUCUCCUCUUGUGUUACAAUACAGCAGAGCCUGAAAGCUACACAAACCUCAUUAUGAGUGUAGUUCUUUGCGGACAUUCCUAUAGGGCUCACAGUUCUGAAUGAAAAAUGUACACCUAUACCUCAGUAAUCCUCAACAAUCCACUUACACACUUCGACAUUCUCCAUCACUUUCUUCUUUUUUGUUGGUGGUCUGCGUGAGCCACAUAUACGUUAAUGCCUAUUGCUAAUCGGACUUCCAAAACUUCACCCUUGUGUCCAUUUAGGUACCAUAAAAUGGCAAACGGCAAGCUUUCAGCCAUCCAAACAGUCAGUGCACCAUCUGUACUACGCACCAUACUCAUCUUCCUUUUCCCUUUAUACUCCUGCUCGUCCCUCCAUCACACCUACUGCUCUUACUGCGGCCUGCCUUUAUCAUAAGGUAUGCCUGGGCAAACACAUUUUACCACAUGCCUAAAAUUUCUUACACUAAAGCCAGAGGAGACACUAGACUAACUACAGAGAGACAAUCCACAGAAGAUAUGUGCAUGCUGGAGAAAACAUAGGUCAGUGGUUUGAGGUUUUGACAGUUUUCCUGGCAGUUCAACAGUCGGCAGGCUUUGCGGCUGCUUCUCAGAUGAGAAGUAGCAGGUUAGGGUUGGACAUUUCAAAACUACAGACUGCCUGUGUUAUCCAUUUUCCAGCCAUAUAAGCUACCACAUUGCUAAUUCUUAUUAAAGUUAAAGUCAAAAUCCCUCUGUUUAAAUGAAGAUGCUUCCUUCUGCCCUGCUGUAAGAUUUAUAACAGAUUAAUUUUGCAUAACCAGAUGCGGCAGGGGAUGAUUUCUAGUGAAACUGCACAAAUGCAGUGACCAGUAGCCUUAAUUGCUCAUUUUGGGUUAUGCGGACAGCAAUCCACCCAUAUGUAAAUAACACAUUUUUAUACAAAUACCGAAAAGGAAACAUUGCAUUUUUAUUUUGAAAUUCACUGACCACUGCACUAAAAAGUUGCUGCAAUCAAUAAGCAUCUUAUGUUUAAAGUCUCACAUUCUGGCAGAAUAAUCAAUGGAUGAAUAACUACUCCUGGAGCCACACUGGAGGAUUUCUGUGUUUGGGUAACUGGUCUGGGCCUGUUUGUUUCUAGAUAAAAUUUCUUGCCUGCACAUUGAAAAUCUGACUUAUUUAUGAGUUAUUGCCCGCCUUUCUCAGGCCUCAGUAUUGGCUUCAUUUGCACCCAGUUUCUGGUCACAACCAGCUGGUCGCUCCUUUUUAUGAACUACUGUAGAUUUAAACUGAGGAAAAGAGACACCUAUCGACCUAAUUUGGAAUGGUUAUAACCUUAAAUUAUUAUUGAUUUUACCUUUUUAUUUGUCUGUAUUAUUAGUUAUGCUACUGUCAACAGAAUUGUUUUGUUGGAUUAUCUUGUGGAAUUUGUGAUUACAUUUAAAGGGGAGAGAGCUGACUUGAUGAAGAAUGAAAGGGUGCAUGUGGAUGGAUGUUUGGGGUCUGCUGAACCAGUCCUUGCCGAAGUCUUUUCAUCUAUGCAGCAUUACUGGUCUUGAGAUCCUCUUCCUAUGACACCUUGGCUCAAGAAGUCUGAACAUAUCAGACUCUGGAUGAUCCGUGUGGGCUUGGAUUUGGAGUUUGCAUUCUUGCCCCGGUAGCACACAGCUGUGGCACACAGCUACACCUUCAGUGGAGUCCUUUGUAUUUUAACUGAAUGUGCUACUAAUAUUACUACUUGUUUUACCUAAUUUUUUUGAUGACUGGUUUUUAUAAGUGCAAAUUUUGAGCUGUUACCUGCCUUGUUAAAAACAUGGAUUUCUCUGCUGCAGGCGAAGGCUUCGAGGCACUUUUCAGUUGUAUUUCAAGCCCUGUCUGACCUAUGAAAAGACAAUGCAAUGACGCAAUCACAAAGGCUUAAAUCUUAGUAUUUAUGGUUUUGAUACCCAGAUAAACAAAAAGCAUUUAAACUGUGUGUAUAUAAAAAAAAAACAAGCAUGUUUUAUUCUCCAUUUUUUAAUAUCAGCUAGAGGACAGAACUUGGCCUCUUAGCUCUAUCUCAUUAGAGUCUACUCUGGUAGCAAAGCCCCCUGACUUGAAGUCAGUCCAAACUUUUGCAAUGCCAACCUUUGUUAUUGUUCAGCGUGCCAUUCCUGUGCCCCUCUGACCUCAGCCUGCUUACAGUGUAACUGAUGUGCUUUACCUAAAUCUGAAACCACGCAAACAACAUGUGACACACGAUAGCUAAAGGUCUAAUUGUUGGAAAGCCGAGCCACGAUUUGCCACAGACACCUCAUCGACUGCCAGACUUCCAGCACAACUAUACUGUAGUGCUGUUGCCAGUGAGAGUUUCUCAUUUUUGUACGUGCAUUUGCUCACACCCGGUCAAUAUGUUUUCUAGAAAGUGUUUUAUGUAUGAUUUCAUUGGGUCAUAUGUUCUCACUUGUGGUCCUGCAACAGCAUUCAACCCAAACCUUCCUACAGCCUUACAUGGUGAAAUAUGCAUAAUACUCUGGAGCAGAACUCUAAGCUCUCCUUACGGGGCCCUUGCAGGCUUCUGCGAUUAAACCUUUAUUGCCUCUCCGCACUUAACAAAGCUGCAAGCUUAUGUCUCACACAAACGUCACCUUUUUAAAAGUAUAAACACAUAUUUUAGUCAUAGAAAAGUUGAUCUAACAUGGCCAGUGACAUCACAGGAACUGAAAUGAAGUCAUGCUGCUAGAAAAAUGUCUUUUUUGUGUGUGUUUCCGUUGUAAUUUUGAAUCUGUAUCAAAAGAAUAACAUUUGUUUUCUAUUAAACCAACAAUAAAUGUGUAAAAUGACAAAUCACA